UCAGAUCUUCCGUACAGCGGACAAGGCCGCUAGGGUGGUUUCUUCUCUUAGCCGGUUGAUGGCCAAUGUCGGAGGGCCUCGGUCCAGUCGUAGAAGGCUGUUAAUGUCUUCGGUCCAGUUCGUACUCUUGUACGGUGCGGAGGUGUGGGCAGACGCACUAAAUAAGGAGGCAUACAGGAUGCGGCUCGCCCGAGUGCAGCGUCAGGCAGCACUGAGGGUAGCAUCUGCCUACCGAACAGUGUCCGAGCCCGCCGUCCUGGUGAUUGCUGGAGUCAUCCCCGUCAAACUUUUGGCGGUGGAGAGAAAGGCAAUUUACCGGCGCCGUGGGGAGGACGAGGCACGAACAGAGGAACGCACCCGCACCUACCAGCUGUGGCAGGAGGGCUGGGAACAGGAGACACGGGGACUCUGGACCAGGCGACUGAUACAGCAAGUCCAACCUUGGGUUGAUCGGCGGUACGGAGAGGUGGACUUCUACCUCACCCAAUUUCUGACGGGACACGGCUUUUUCCGGUCGUACCUGUUCAGGAUGGGCAAAGCCGUGUCACCCGACUUCUGGCAGGAUCUGGGUUGUCAUGAACAGCCACUUUUUUUCCUCUUCCUGGCUAUCUGUGCCUCGGACUCCGCUCGUAUCCUUGGCCUGCUGCCCAUGUGGGCACGAAGUCACCACAGAUUUCUACAGCCUGUGAUGAGAGCCUUGGCAGAGGCUGGACAUGACGUCACUGUCUACAGCCCCUUCCCCCUGGACAACCCCCCACCCAACUACACCGACGUCCAUCUAGCGAACAUCAAAACCGAGAGUGAAGAACUCACCAACUGGUUUCUAUUCCUGGCACAACAGCCUCACUACAAAUGUUUCGACGCUAUGCUUCAAAUCUACGAGACGAUGUAUCGGGAGUUCAUCGGGGACCCUAAGAUAAAACAACUCCUCAAGUCAACAGAGAGGUUUGAUCUGAUCAUAACCGAGGGCUUCUCAGGUCAAGAAUACACACUCUUGCUUGCCCACAAGCUCAAAGUACCCACCAUCGCUCUCCAAGCCUUCCCCACGAACCACGUCAUCAACAGUCAAGCGGGGAAUAGUCUCUCAUUAUCCUUCUCUCCUGGGGUAUGUGCUCCUUUCUCUGACAAAAUGACGUUCACUCAAAAGCUACUUAACUCAUUCGCAACUUUGAGAGAUUUGUACUACUAUUACAACCGUCAGAUUCAUGGUUUAGAGGAAAUGAUGAGGAAAGAUUUUCCUGACAUGCCUUCGCUGGAGGAGAUGAGCAAAGGUGUGGCGAUGAUGUUUGUAAACGAUCACCUGACUGCAGACUACGCAAUACCGAGGCCUCCGAACAUCAUACCUGUUGGAGGACUUCACAUACAACCCACACAGCCUCUGCCUCAGGAUAUUCAGAAGUUUGCAGACGACGCCAAAGACGGAUUGAUUCUCUUCAGUUUAGGAACGUAUGUUCAAGACGAACUUCAACCCCAAGAGUACUUUGACAUGUAUAACAAUGUGUUCAGAAGGCUGAAACAGAGGGUAAUAUGGAAAACCAGGAAGGAGAAUAUACUUGGACUGCCGAAAAACGUGAUGACGUUAUACUGGGCUCCACAACAAGAUAUUUUGGCGCAUCCCAACUGUGUCCUGUUCAUCACUCACGGAGGUCUUCACAGCCAACACGAGGCAAUUCACUUCGGCGUCUGUGUCAUCGGCAUCCCUCAGUUCUUUGAUCAGCACAGAAAUGUCAAGUUUUUCGAAGAGCAAGGAGUAGGAGUCAAAAUUGAAACUGAAGAUCUCUCGGAAAAAACUAUUUCCGCAGCUAUAAGAAAGGUGCUAGACAAUCCCAGUUACAGAGACAGAAUGAAGAAGUUGUCCGCGGUAUUCAGAGAUCGGCCGAUGUCUCCUGCGAAGUCUGUCGUGUUCUGGACGGAGUACGUGUUGAGGCACGGCGGAGCUCCACAUCUGCGGCCAGCCUCUACUGAGCUGCGAUGGUAUCAGCUGAUACUACUGGAUGUAUUAUCAUGUGUUUUAACAAUUGUAAUCCUCGUAGUUUUAUUAUUAUUUGUUACAGUUAACUUUUUAUACGCUCGUUUGUUUAGCAGUAAUAGACAAGGUCCUUCUGUAAAGAAAAAGCUUAAAUGAAAUGAAUUUUCAAAGACUCUUUAUUAUUUUUUCUGACUUAACUAAUUCGGUGCCCAUUAGUUAGAAUUUCAGAGUUUUUGUUCAUUUAUUAGUUUCGAUUGCCUAGCGUAAGUUGCUAGGCAUGAGUAGGAUUCCCAAUUCUUGAGAAUACUGUUCCUUGUUUUUGAGGGGUUGGUAUGCAGGAUGGUAAAAUCAUUGUUUGUAGGUUUUUCUGGGAGUAAAUGCCAUACGCUACAAGUUGAAAUUCCAGCAACCCAAGGGUCAGCCACUUUUAAGUUGACUGCCAUUUGACUUAUAACGAUUACAUAGCUGAUGAUUACACCUGGGUUGCAAUUUGGCAUUUGGACUCUGGCAGUGUCUGAAGGUAUUGACGUUAAAAUUACAAAACAUACCAACAGUUAUCAAUGUUCUCUAACAGCAAUACAUUGAUGGCGAAGAUUUGUUUAACGUAUAGCACAUUCUGGGCUCAUUCUUUUUAAAUUAUAACCAUUGUAGAAUUAUUGUUUCUAAAUGGUGCAAUAUUUCUCACUUUUCGUUGUUUGGUGUCUCCUUUACAGUGGAGAACAUUUAAUAAGGUAAUAUACGUAAUUAAAUUUCACCACAGUGUAAUGUUGAGGUUACAACAAACAGCGCUGUCAAAUUAAUUUGGUUCUCAUCUCAACUUAAUUGAUCAUAAUUUUGCUUCAAGGUGACAUUCAUUAUCAAUUCAGCAAUUUUAACAAUCAAACACUGCACUUUAAAAUAGUAAAUUUUUCCAUGUAAAUUGUAUGUAGCAUAUUUUUAAAUCAAUACAAUGUCCAACACAAUUAUUAUACAUAGAUUAUUAUAAAUUUAAGUAAAUUAUUCAUAUAUUUUGAUGUUACAAAACUACUGUAAUUGUAUAUGUAUACGAAAGGUUGCAAAAUUGUAUAUUUUAAAGUAGUCAAAUGGCAAAACAGAUUUUUUCUAAAAGGAAUAUGUUUUUUGACACUAAACCAAACAUGGUUAUUGCUAAACCUUCAGGUUAAAAAUUAUACCAUAAACCCACAAAAUUGAUCUAAUUACAAGACGUUUUAUACUUUGUAUUUCUUUCUGGUUCAAAACCCCUCUCUAACAAAGUACUACCAGGGAAUCUUCAGAGGUCUGUGAUAUAUGCCAUGGAGUCCCCGCACGUCCUUGGUACCAAAUAACUCACUAAAACAAACGGUCCUUCUUCAGAGGGGUCCACACGUUCUAUAGUAUAAAAAAUGAAAUAUAAAAACAUUAUUAGAACAUUCCAUUUUUCCUUUCAGCAACCAUCGCUGGUAUAUUGUAUCAUUGACUAUACACAAAAUUAUAGUCACAUUCUGUGUAUAGUCAAUUGUAUGCAUUUGUUGAAUAAGUUUACUGAUCAAUGUUUUGUUUCUUUUAAAAUACUUCACUAUUUAUCACAAAGUCAUAGUUAACAUUAGAAAACUUUACUUGAAAAAUAUACCACACUUUCCAUAUUCUGGAUUUUACCCUCACCCCUUUAUUAAGACAAUCUUCUUGAUUCUUUCGAUGGCUGGUUAUUACAUAUAAAAAAAUUACCAGUACUAAAAAUGAACAAGUAUGACAAAACGCAUCAUUGAUAAGACAUAAUUUUAUUGUAGGUGACAAAACAUGAAAAGGAAAACAUCAACACACGGAAAUUUAACUAUACAAACUUCUAAUAAAAUGUGAUGACAAACAUUUAAUUCGUCAACGAAUAAAAUUUAAAGUAUGAAAAAAUAUUAACAAUUACAAACAAUGGGAAAAUUGCAAAAUAAUUACAAGUAUUAUAACAAGAAAAAUGAUACUCUGGUAAAUAAAUAAAACCAUACGUGGGUGUUUUACCGGUAUCUAUAAGUACUUUUUAUAUUUUUCAUUUUCAAAUUUUCAAACAAAACAUGAGUGAUAAAUAUAAUAAUAUUUGUGCCAUUUUGUAGAAAAAGGUAACUCGAUUAACGAAAACUAAAAAGAGGAUUUUUUAAAUUCAAAAACCAAACUCCUUGAAACUAUUAUAAUGCAAAUUAGCAUUAUUUAAAUUUCAUUAAUAAACAGUUAACAUUUUUAUGUUUUUUGGAAGAGCUUCAAGCAAGAAAAAAUGUUCAUAUGUUAGUUUAAAAAAGGAUCAAGUGACUGAAUCAUUUUUAUCAGUACCUUGCAUCAUCAAGUCAUUGUACUGUUAAAUCUAAACGGGUCAAAAAAUAUUAGGUACUCUUUAUUGGGAAAACCACGACAAUUAUAUUGCAAAGGAACACAUGGUAACCUAUCUUCUUUCAAUAAAUUUUAAUUACAUAGAAUUACAUCUGGCCAACGUUUUUUAUUUGACAACCUGCAUAUUCUACCAAUAAUUACAACUAAAAAGAUACGAUUUUGCUUUAUAGAACAGCUACGUAGGGGGUAAAUAUUUGGUACUGUACAACUUUUAUA